GAGAAAAUGAUGUGCAUGCCGGAGCGAGGCUAAUCCUGAGUGUUUUAUUCUACAAGAGUAUGAUUGUAGCCUAUCCACGAUCGUCCCUAUGAUGAACUUUGAGGGCCUGGAUCCAGCCCUGGGCGAUUAUGCGGCCAGCCUACAUGGAGGCCUGGAGCCUGGUCUGGACUCUUCGCUGGACCCGGCCCUGCUUCAGGCCGUGGAGCUAAACCCGGAUGGCCUGGCUGUACCCGUGGCAGAACCUGUGCACCUGAUGGAGGGCAUGUACUCUGAGCUGCACAGCGUGGCCUCUGAGGUCGGAGUGCCGGUCACAGCCACACACUUCGACCUGCACGAGGAGCUGCUGUGGAUCGGGAACCAUCGGGGACACGCAAGCUCCUUUUUCGGGCCCACCAUGGGGCGUAACUCGUCCUUCCAGGUUCACCUGGCUGAUGACAUCCGGCACAUUCAGAGCAUGGACACGGGCGUCCUGUUUCUGACCAAGAGUAACCUGAAGUGCCUUACACGCGGGGGCCUGAUCAUGUUCGACUACCCGAUGGAGGAGAGUACCGACAUGCACAGUCUGCUGCUCACUGACAGUAACACGGUUCUUCUAGGAGGCCUGCAGAAUUACGUCUCUGAGGUGGAUCUGAACACUGUCCAGGAGACACAGAAAUUCACUGUGGAGGUUCCCGGUGUGGCAAUCAUGAGGCAGUCCAGCCGUUUCUUCUUCUGUGGACACACUUCUGGCAAGGUGUCUCUGCGAGACCUGCGCACCUUUAAAACCGAGCACGAGUUCGACGCGUUCUCGGGCAGCCUGUCCGACUUCGACGUGCACGGUAACCUGCUGGCGGCGUGCGGCUUCUCCAGCCGGGGUCUGAACGGCCUGACGUGCGACCGCUUCCUCAUGGUGUACGAUCUGCGCAUGAUGCGAGCCGUCACCCCUCUGCAGGUGCACGUGGACCCGCUGUUCCUCCGCUUCAUCCCCACGUACACCUCGCGGCUGGCCAUCAUCUCCCAGACGGGUCAGUAUCAGUUCUGUGAGCCCACCGGUCUGGCCAGUCUGGCUGAUGUUUUCCAUGUGAACACGGUCGGCCAGCUGCUCAUGAGCUUCGACGUGUCGAGCAGUAAGCAAGCGCUGGCGUUCGGAGACUCGGGCGGCUGCGUGCAUCUGUGGUCCAGCGCGCCCGACGUCACCUUCAACGACUACUCCAGAGAGACCGAGCUGGCGCUGCCGUGCCACGUGGACUCGCUGCCCCAGCUGGACUGGAAUCACGAGCUGUUGCCACUUUCUCUGGUUCCCAUGCAUCUCACCAGCACAGAGCCUCUGCUGUCAGACUGGCCCAGCAACCUGAUCAUUCCCAGCCCCAGACACGCACCUUCAGUGGACAUAGAGAUUUUGAGGACGAUGAAGACAGUUGGGUUUAUUGGAUACGCUCCGAACCCUCGUACUCGCCCGAGAAAUCAGGUCCCGUAUAAGAUAAAAGAGGUGGAGCUGGAGUACGACAGCUACAGUCAAGUUCCUGAGUCUCCGAUUGGUCGAGAAGAGGAGCCUCACCUCUACAUGGUGCCAAAGAAGUACAGAAAGGUCACCAUCAAAUACUCCAAACUGGGGCUGGAGGACUUCGACUUCAAGCACUAUAACAGAACUCUGUUUGCUGGCCUGGAGCCUCACAUACCCAACGCGUACUGUAACUGCAUGAUUCAGGUGCUGUAUUUCUUAGAGCCAAUCAGGUGCCUGGUACAGAAUCAUCUGUGUCAGAAAGAGUUCUGCUUGGCCUGUGAGCUCGGCUUCCUCUUUCAUAUGCUGGAUCUGAGCAGAGGAGACCCCUGCCAGGCCAGUAACUUCCUGAGGGCAUUCCGGACGAUUCCAGAGGCGUCGGCGCUCGGGCUGAUCCUGGCAGACUCUGACGAGCAGACUGGGAAAGCCAGACUGGGCCGCCUAAUCCAGAGCUGGAACUGCUUCAUCCUAACGCAGCUGCACCAGGAGACCCAGGAACAGGAGGGGCCUCAGGCCUACAGAGGGACGAGCAGCACGCCGGGCUCUUCGGUGGAGUCGGUGAUCGGCAGGCUGUUUGGCUGCGAGGUGGAGAACAGCAGUCUGUGCCGCUGUGGGAAGGAGACACUGCGCUCCUCUCUCACUCUGCUCUUCACCCUGCACUACCCGGAGUACAGCUCCCUCGAGAAGGUCCCAGAGUAUGACUUUGCUGAAAUACUGAAAAAAAGCAUCUGUCUGGAGCAGAGCACACAGGCCUGGUGUGAAAACUGUGAAAAAUAUCAGCCUACAGUGCAGACCCGGAACAUUCGUUGUCUGCCGGAUGUGCUGGUGAUAAACUGUGAGGUGAACAGUGUUAAAGAAAUGGAGUUCUGGAAAGCGCAAGCCGAGUACGCAUUUAACAAAGCUCUGAAGAAAGAAGCAGCAGAGCCUCCAAAACCCAAAGAGCCCCUCCCUACAGAGUGGUGUACAGAUGAUGAGUUUUACAGCGUGGAGAGUUUAACCUUAGACACGCGGGCCGAGGAUUUAAGGCACGUGUGGAUUCCGCUCAGUAUAAAGGUCUGUAUAAGUAAGACGAACGGCCUGGAGGUAUCGAGCUGGACUGAGACGGACGAGUUAAGUGCAGAAGAAGAGGCGGAGGGAGCUGCUGUGUAUGACCUAGUAGUGUCAGUGCCUCAUGUUCUCGACCAGCGCACGGGGGGCAACCUGGUUGCUCAUAUUAAAGUGGGGGAGACCUACCACCAGAGGAAAGAGGGGGUCACGCAUCAGCAGUGGUACCUCUUCAACGAUUUCUUAAUCGAACCCAUCGAUAAGACUGAAGCGGCUCAGUUCGACGUGACCUGGAAGGUGCCGGCCAUCAUUUACUACGCCAAGAGGAACUACCACACUAAAUAUGACCUACGCAUUAAAAACCCGAUCGAAGCCAACGUGCUGUUGACAGAAGCCUCGCUGGCUCGUAAACAGAGGAAGAGUCACGCCACCUUCAUCCCCCUCAUGGUGAGUGAGAUGCCUCAAGCUGGAGACCUCGUAGGACUGGAUGCAGAGUUCGUCACGCUCAACCAGGAAGAGGCCGAGCUACGCAGCGAUGGCACAAAGUCUACCAUAAAGCCGAGUCAGAUGUCUGUGGCUCGCAUUACGUGUGUGAGGGGACAGGGGCCCAAUGAGGGGGUUCCGUUCAUUGAUGAUUACAUCUCUACACAGGAGCAGGUGGUUGACUACUUGACGCAGUACUCGGGUAUCAAACCCGGCGAUCUGGAUGCCAAGAUUUCCUCUAAGCAUUUAACGACUCUGAAGUCCACUUAUCUCAAACUGCGUUUCCUCAUCGACACUGGAGUGCGUUUUGUUGGUCACGGGUUACAGAAGGACUUCCGAGUCAUAAACCUGCUGGUUCUAAAAGACCAGGUGAUCGAUACAGUUUACCUCUUCCACAUGCCCAGGAAGAGAAUGAUCUCCCUGAGAUUCCUUGCUUGGUAUUUCCUUGACUUGAGCAUUCAGAGUGAGACCCACGACAGCAUCGAGGACGCCCGCACCGCUCUGCAGCUGUACAGGAAGUACUUGGACCUGAGUCACGGGGGGCAGGAGGAUUUCCGCAAAGUUCUUAAGGGCCUCUAUGAAAAGGGUCGCAAGCUUGACUGGAAGGUGCCAGAAGCAGAUCCUGCGGAUGGACAGGGUAGCCCAAAAGGUACUGCCGUGUUCCCUCCAGUUCUAGGCUUAUAAGCAGAGACUGCACCAUUCCCACCAGAGAGACGACUCCCGAAUCUCUCACCUGUCCAGCACUCUUCAGUAUCACUGACCAAACCAGCCGAGGAUUCCUCCCUACGAUCUUAGUCAGACUCUAAGUGAAGCAGAAAGUAAACCCUGAAUGUGUUGGUUUGAGUAAAAUGGACAUGCAGUGAGGAAAUGACUUUCCAUCAUUUCCUGUCCUGUAGACGUCAUACCGCACUGCUUGAACGAACUGAACAUUAUUAUCAAGUGGAGUGUCAGCAGACAGAGACACAAAUACUUUUAUACCUGCAUUUUGUACCCAGUGUUAAUGAAGUUACCAGUGUGAAAUAAGUACAAUUCUGACCAAACAUUUCAGACAAGAUUAAACGGAGAGUAAAUCAUGGUGGAAUUUUAAAAUUGAGGGAUGCACGUUUUCGAGUCCAAAAUCCACUUGAUAUUAAAGUUUAGCGCCGCUCAGGUGGCGCAGCGGUAAAAAGAAACGCGCUGCAACCAGGGCUGGAUUCUGAGAACGUGGUAUCGAAUCCAGCCUUGCUUUACCGGUUCGAAGCUGAGUGGCUAUAUGAGCAACGAUUGGCCGGUUGCUCAUAUGGGGGGUGGGACAAAGAACCGGAUGUGGGUCUCUCUCUGUCAGAAUGCGAUUGCGUUCUCUGCCGGCUGAUUGGAGGCGCUUACACAGAGAUGGGAGAGGGUGCCCUUAGGGUGUGUCUCUCCGCAUGCAACGCUAGGUGGCGCCAAAACUCGUCAAUGUGUGGGUGGCAAAGAUGCAUCUGGCUGCUGCUCGUGUUUCGGAGGGGAUACGGGUUAGCUUCAAUCACCUCCGUCGGGGCAGGGUUCGGCAUAGACAGAGAGGAAGCACGAUGCUAAUUGAACAAUUGGAUGCGCUAAAAAAAGGGGAGAAAAAGGGGUAAAAAAAAAAAAAAAAAGUUUAGCAACACAUUUUUAAACACACAUUCUAUCCAUGUUUUGGGAGGUUUCUAACCUACCAAUGAAUCAUCAGAAGAUUCAUCAAGAGAUGCCGUGGCAAGUGAGUCUGAAUGUUCUUUUCGAGUGGAACAGGACAUUGUUGUUAUACUGAAUACAAAUGAAAUGUGUUUUUGCAUUUAUGUGUUUUUGAAAUGUUGUUUUUUGCAUUUUUGUAUCUGUGAGGCAGCUGAAUAAAAUGUUUUCACUCUAAA